AUGGGAUAUAAGAUAUAUUCUAACUCUGACUUAGUUCAAACAGUAACAUGGGCAAACUAUGAAUGGUUCGCUUUGAGAAACUCAGUACAACCCAAAGCUAGAGAACAAACAGACCAGUAUGCAACUAUUGAGAAAAUAAGAAGACUUGACCCUAACGUUCCAGGAGUUUAUGUUAACCUUUCUGGACAAACUGCAGCAGCAGUAACCAAAGUAAAACUGAAACUUAGAGUUCCUUUGUCAUCUUUCCUCAUCUUCAGGUUUUUAAGAUACUUGCCAAACUGGGCAGGAAAAAUUUCUAUCGAACUUACUCCAAGCAAAAAUAACUUAGUCAUUGCACCAACACAAGACCCAUUCAGCAUUACUGUAGCUGGAACUGGUGGAGCCAAGUUCUGUGACUUUUGCAAAGACAAAGUUGACUUAGACUUUGGUUUCUCAAACCUCAACACUGAAGUAAACUAUUAUUUCAAUGCUGCUGGAGAUGUUUGGGACCCAGUUAAGUUCACAUGCGAACAGUUUGAAUGCAAGAGAAUAGAAAGCAGACUUGCCGUUUAUAUGUUGGACCCAGAUAUUUCAAAUGCUUUAGCUGCCAAAUAUAUUGCAGUUCCACUUAUGUUCCCUAUACACCAAAUAUCUGUCAAAGACUUUGCAGGUGAAGUUGGAAACCAAAAUCCAGGAGCCGCAGGUGCAAGAACAGAUAUUGCUUUAACAACUGCAAUGAAACAUGCAGAUACUAUGUUUGUACUGUUCAGACGAACUAUAAAUGACUAUUCUUGUUUCUACAACCCUGGUAUUAAAUAUCAUAUAAACAUAGAUGGCAAAUAUUAUCCAAGAGAAGAAUAUUCUACAGUUGAGGAUAUGAGGUCAUACAACUUGACAUUAGAUGCUAUGAACUUUAACAACAACUUCACAACAACUAUUAACCCUGAAAUGCAAAGUUCUAUUAUGCCAUAUGUGAAAGUAUGGACUCAUACAGGAGGUCAAAAAACUCAAUAUACAAAUGGAGACC